CGUGGCUUCAACUCCAGGUCCAAACUCAACAGCAAAACUCUCCCAGAUACCAGAAACCAGAGCAGGCAGGAAAAUGAUGCUGAAGCUGGUCUGUUUCUCUUGUUGGCUAAUGGUCGUGAUCGGAGCCGUGGUGGCCAUCGAAGUGCAGAAAUUCGGAUAUCUGUUCAAUCCACCCCAAGCGGAACACGCGCCGCAGCAUCAUGAGGAGAAGCAAGAUCUGAACAAGAUACCCGGUGUUCCGGGCGUGGACUAUCCGGUCUACCAUGAGGUGCCCCACACUCACUUCAGUUGCCACAAUGUCCCGGCCACGCCCGGCAUGUACGCCAAUGUGGAGACUGGCUGUCAGGCGUAUCACGUCUGCCACGAUGGACGCGAAGGUCACCAGGGUGCCUCGUUCCUCUGCACCAACGGAACCAUUUUCAAUCAGAAGGAGUUCGCAUGCGACUGGUGGUACAAUGUCAAGUGCGAAGAGGCCACCAGCUUUUAUAAUUUGAAUGCUGAUCCGGAACACAACCCCUACUUUCCCAAGAAGAAGCCUGAGCUGGAGCCUCUUGGUCAUGAUCUUCAUGAUGCUAGCAAAUUUCUGAUACAAGCCUAGAUUAAUUUCUAUUCUAAUUUCGUUGCGUUGUUCCCACUUUGUAAAUAAAAAAAAUAUAUUACAAGUUAAUUGAGAGAUUAAUUUCUAACUUAACAAAAAUAUUUUAAAAUUUAAGGUUAAUAUUGCCG